AUGAUGGUCAUCCUCAUCCGCUCUCCUCCCGUUGCCGCGAGCUACGCUGAUGGAUCUCAGUACAUGGCGUCACACGACAGCCUCUCGCCGCCGUACGCUAACUCCCGGCUAGCAGGUAAAACAGACCGGAGUUCGUACUCGUACGGCAGAGAGUCCAACCCACACUGCCACCAGUCGAUUCUGGGCGGCGAGUUGGGUUUGGGGAGUCCCGGCGCGGCGUCGCCCACCAAGCCGUCGGGUCAGUACUACCAGCACUACGGCUCCAACCCCAGGAGGAGAGCGCUGCCCAUGGACACGAUGGAAAUUCACACAAAAAAAGUGCGGAAGGUCCCUCCCGGCUUGCCGUCCUCG